AUGUCCUCGGCCGCCGCCGCCGCUCCAGCUUCAAUGAAGAUCACCAAGCGGCCAUGGGACGCCCGCGGCAAAGCAGACCAUGGCUGGCUGUACUCCUUCCACACUUUCUCCUUCGCAUCCUACUACGACCCGCACCACGAGUCUUUCGGCCCAUUGCGCGUCAUCAACGAGGACCGCGUGCUUCCCGGCACAGGCUUCGGUGCGCAUUCACACGCCGAGUUUCUGAUCUUCAGCUACAUCGUCAACGGCACGCUUGAACACAAAGACAGCAUGGGAAACCUGGAGAACCUGAAGCGCGGCGAGGUGCAGUUCACAUCAGCGGGAACGGGCAUCAGGCACAGCGAGUACAACAGAAACCGCGACGACGAAGUGCACUUCUUGCAGAUUUGGGCCAAGCCGAACCAGCGCGGGCUGAAACCGCACUAUGAGACGAAGAAUUUCUCCGACGAGGAGAAGACAGAUAAACUGUGCAGGAUCAUGGAGUCCACGGAACGUCUGGGAGACAAGAAGCAUGCGAUUGGGCUGCAGGCAGAUCUGUCCAUGGAUGCGUCCAUCUUGAGCCCCGGCAAGAGCGUCAGUCAUGAACUCGUGGCCGAGGGACCGAGAAAGGUCUUUGCGCAAUUGAUCAUGAGCAAAAGGACACAGCCAAAGGAUGGCGGAGCGAGCAUCAAGAUUGGAGAGACAGUACUAGCCGAGGGAGACAGCGCCUACAUCAAUGUCAAUGGACCAGGCAGGGUCGACAUUGAGAGCGUGGGCAACAGGCCCGCUGAGUUCUUGCUAUUUGAUAUGGGUCCCGAGGAGCAGUAA